AUACACCUGAACAAACAACACAACCUACAGUCAGACACAAGCAUGACAAUGAUCACUAUGGAAACUCCUGGUUGUUUGUUACAAUAUUCUAAUUUCGCUCAGCAGCCAGUGGUUAUAUUACAUUUGAAACAAAAUGUUCUGGGGAUUCAGCGAAGCAUUGGACCUUUUCGAGGAAUAUCGCAAGAUUCAAAACGCUGCAGAAGAGGAACCAACUGAACUCAACAUUUUGUUGUUUGGAUUAGGUGAUCCACGGCAUGUGCUGAAGAGCGCCGCAAAGUCCUUCAAACAUGGUACAAAACUAAACUUUUUCCUUCUGGAAGGAUGUUUGGAGUUGGUGGCUAGGAACCUUUUGUUGAUUAGUAUUGCGUUGGAAAAUAAACAACAAUUGUCGGUGAAAGGCAAGACACAUCUGUUUAUGGACGUUUUUGGAAACACGUUAUUGCGGCCAUUCUCUACUACCUACAUCAAUGCUAAGGCUAAAGUGCUGACAAAAUUGAUUACGGAUGACGAUUUUGCUAAACUUACAGCGCCAGUAUUUUCAUUCAACGACCUCAAAUAUAAACAGCGUGACCACUUGGAAAAUGUGUUCUAUUUCUGGACUAAUCGGGAAAAACAUGUGUUUAAUGUGGCACACUACUGGGACGCCAGGGUUCGUGCAAUGUUAGAAGCUAGAUAUGACCACAAGAUGGGUGCCUUCGAUUGGGAUCUGCACAUGAGACUACGAGAAAACGGAGCUAAACAAAUAUGUCCACAAGAGUACAAGCAUUGGCGAGAUACAGGAGUUGCAUUUACUUUCCCAGAAUAUGAACAAAGCGAUCCGAACAAAACAAUCGCAGUUGGACUGAGUAGGAACGGUGACAGCUUCAUGCAUCGUGGCGUUGUCGGAGAUAUCACCACAGGGCCUUACAUUUCGUUUGGGAUCAAAUGUCCAGAAGAUAAAUUGGCCCAUUCGAUGCAUGGAGUGAACGAUUUUAGAUCGACUGAUAUAACUGAGCGAAAUGUCUUUGAAAUUAUGCACGAAAUUCAGGAGAAGCAAGAUUACAUUCUGGACACGAACGAUAUUCACAAAUACGGAUCUUAUGUUUUGGACACGGGUAAAAACAUGAACAAAGAUCACCCCCGAACUGAAACGCCAGAUGCUUGUAAAUACGACCAGCCUUUCAUACCAACUGAGCAAAUUAAAAUCAACUUUCUCUCAAUCGAUGAAGUUCUGAAACUACAAACCAGACCAGCUCAUCGAGCAAAAUACGAUGUCGUUGUGAUAGCAAGUAACUAUUUAUCCUUCUUAAAAGAGGAUUUUCCUGAGCUUUUCAAAGAUCUUUGCCUGGUUUGCUUUGAAACUUGCCAGUUCACAACUUUUCAUAAGGACGAAAUAACAAAAUUCAAUACUCGAAUUAAAGACUACGCUGCAACUUGCUCGCUCAAGCUGCUAACCAAUUUCGCCAUCAAUGUACCCCAUUCCAUUAUUCGAUACAGGAAUAUUUCUCAAACGCAAUAAAAAUAUCC